AUGGUUCAUUAUAAAUUGACAUAUUUUGAAGCUCGUGGAUAUGCUGAAGCAUCUAGACAAGUUCUUCAUCUCGCUGGUGUUGAAUUUGAAGAUGUUCGAAUUCCAAUGGGAUCUUCACCACAAUGGGAUGAGUUGAAACCAAGUAUGUAAGUAAAAAACUUGAUUAUAUAUAAUUUGAAUUAUUUUAGAAACACCCUUUGGACAAAUUCCGGUUUUGAGUGUUGAUGGAUUCGAGAUUCCACAAUCAAUGGCGAUUCUCAGAUAUGUUUCAAGAAAAUUUGGAUUUGCUGGAAAAACACCAGAAGAAGAAGCAUGGGUUGAUGCAAUUGUUGAUCAAUUCAAAGACUACGCUAUCCCAUUCAGACAAUAUUUGAUUGCUUUACGAAAUGGAGAUACUGACGCUGUAUGUCAACGUUUCAUUAUAGAGAAAAAAUCAAAAAAUAUUUUUUAGGAAAAGAUCAAGAACGAAGUUUCAUUCCCUGCUCGUGAUGCUUAUUUCAAAAUUCUUACUGGAAUUCUUGAAAAAUCAAAAUCGGGUUUCCUUGUAGGAGACAGUGUCACUUUUGCUGAUCUCGUUGUUGCUGACAAUUUGGUGACUUUGCAGAAAAAUGGAUUCUUCACAAGUGAUGAAUAUCCAAAACUUGUAGAACACCAAUCAAAAAUUCAAAACUUGCCGAAACUCAAAGAAUGGAUUGAAACUCGCCCAGAUACUCAAUUCUAA